AUGACAGGAGCACUGAAGCUAAAGAGCCCGACGCGCCGUGAAGCAUCUCCAUUCAUCUACUUGAGACUGAGGAGCGCUGAGCCUGACCGAGUGUCAGAGAGUCCAACCCAGCUCCUGAGAGUUCUGAACACGUUCAAAACCAAGGACUGUAACACCACACAGGACUGGAACACCACACAGGAGCACAACACCACACAGGACUGGAACACCACACAGGACUAUAACACCACACAGGACUAUAACACCACACAGGACUGGGACACCACACAGGACUGGAACACCACACAGGACUAUAACACCACACAGGACUGGAACACCACACAGGACUGGAACACCACACAGGACUAUAACACCACGCAGGACUGGAACACCACGCAGGACUAUAACACCACACAGGACUGUAACAUCACACAGGACUAUAACACCACACAGGACUGUAACACCACACAGGACUGGAACACAACAAAGGAGCACAAGACCACACAGGACUGUAACACCACACAGGACUGGAAUACAACAAAGGAGCACAAGACCACACAGGACUGUAACACCACACAUGACUGGAACACCACACAGGACUGUAACACCACACAGGACUAUAACACCACACAGGACUGUAACACCACACAGGACUGGAACACAACAAAGGAGCACAAGACCACACAGGACUGUAACACCACACAGGACUAUAACACCACGCAGGACUGGAACACCACACAGGACUGGAAAACCACACAGGACUAUAACACCACACAGGACUGGAACACCACACAGGACUAUAACACCACACAGGACUGGAACACCACACAGGACUGUAACACCACACAGGACUGGAACACCACACAGGACUGGAACACCACACAGGACUGGAACACAACAAAGGAGCACAAGACCACACAGGACUGGAACACCACACAGGACUGGAACACAACAAAGGAGACUAUAAACACCACACAGGACUAUAACACCACACAGGACUGGAACACCACACAGGACUGUAACACCACACAGGACUGGGACACCACACAGGACUGUAACACCACACAGGACUGUAACACCACACAGGACUAUAACACCACACAGGACUGGAACACCACACAGGACUGGAACACAACAAAGGAGCACAAGCCCACACAGGACUGGAACACCACACAGGACUGGAACACCACACAGGACUAUAACACCACACAGGACUGUAACACCACACAGGACUGGAACACAACAAAGGAGCACAAGACCACACAGGACUGGAACACCACACAGGACUAUAACACCACACAGGACUGGAACACCACACAGGACUGUAACACCACACAGGACUGGAACACCACACAGGACUGUAACACCACACAGGACUGGAACACCACACAGGACUGGAACACCACACAGGACUGGAACACCACACAGGACUAUAACACCACACAGGACUGGAACACCACACAGGACUGGAACACAACAAAGGAGAACAAGACCACACAGGACUGGAACACCACACAGGACUGGAACAUCACACAGGACUGGAACACCACACAGGACUAUAACACCACACAGGACUGGAACACCACACAGGACUAUAACACCACACAGGACUAUAACACCACACAGGACUGGAACACCACACAGGACUGGAACACAACACAGGACUAUAACACCACAGAGGACUGUAACACCACACAGGACCAUAACACCACACAGGAGCAUAACACCACACAGGAGCACAACACCACACUGGAGCGUAACACCACACAAGACUAUAACACAACACAGGACUAUAACACCACACAGGACCGGAACACCACACAGGACUGGAACACAACAAAGGAGCACAAGACCACACAGGACUGGAACACCACACAGGUCUGGAACACCACACAGGACCAUAACACUACACAGGACCAUAACACCACACAGGACCAUAACACCACACAGGAGCGUAACACCACACAGGAACACAACACCACACUGGAGCAUAACACCACACAGGAGCAUAAGACCACACAGGAACACAACACCACACUGGAGCAUAACACCACACAGGAGCAUAACACCACACAGGACCGUAACACCACACAGGAGCAUAACACCAUACAGGAGCAUAACACCACACAGGACCAUAACACUACACAGGAGCGUAACACCACACAGGAGCGUAACACCACACAGGAACACAACACCACACUGGUGCAUAACACCACACAGGAGCAUAACACCACACAGGACCGUAACACCACACAGGACCGUAACACCACACAGGGCCGUAACACCACACAGGAGCAUAACACCACACAGGAGCAUAACACCACACAGGACCAUAACACUACACAGGAGCGUAACACUACACAGGAGCACAACACCACACAGGAGCGUAACACCACAAAGGACCAUAACACCACACAGGAGCAUAACACCACACAGGGCCGUAACACUAUACAGGAGCGUAACACCACACAGGAGCACAACACCACACAGGAGCGUAACACCACACAGGAGCAUAACACCACACAGGAGCGUAACACCACACAGGGCCGUAACACUACACAGGAGCGUAACACCACACAGGACCAUAACACUACACAGGAGCGUAACACCACACAGGAGCAUAACACCACACAGGAGCAUAACACCACACAGGACCGUAACACUACACAGGAGCGUAACACCACACAGGAGCACAACACCACACAGGAGCGUAACACCACAAAGGAGCACAACACCACACAGGAAUGGAACACCACACAGGUGGUACAUGACCCACUAUUCCUGUCGGGCACUAUUCUUCAUGUGCCUAAUCACAUGCACCAUGGUGUGAAAGAAAGUGUGGGUCACCACAACCAGUGGUUUCGAUCAGAGUGA